CUUAACCUUCUCCACCAAUCAUUUUCUUCUUCAGCCUCCCAGACUUGUCCCUCGCAAUGAACUCUGGGCAACGUAGUGCCAUUUUCAAUUCAUAUUCAUACUGGCGCGGCUCUCAAAACUACAACUCCCAGUCUUACCCUCAACACGGCCUUUGAUUGGCCAUUGCGUGCAGAAUGAAUGAAAUUGUACAGUAUUGUGAUAUUAGAGGGGCUGCAGUGUUCCUGCCUAAUACCCAGCUGCACCAUGAACACAGCCCUCCACAACCCCUUAAAAUCGCUGGGAGAAGACUUUUACAGAGAGGCGAUAGAACAUUGUCGAAGUUACAACGCCCGGCUGUGUGCAGAGAGGAGCAUGAGACUGCCCUUCCUGGACUCUCAAACUGGAGUGGCCCAGAACAACUGCUACAUAUGGAUGGAAAAAACACACAGGGGUCCAGGUUUAUCUCCAGGGCAGAUCUACACAUAUCCUGCUCGCUGUUGGCGGAAGAAGAGGCGGUUGGAUAUCUUGGAGGAUCCUCGCCUAAGGCCUUGUGAGUUUAAACUUGACUAUGAGGUACCUAUGAAGAAGGAAAGUAGCUUGCCUGAAGGUCCAGUCCUAGAAGCUUUGUUGUGUGCUGAGACAGUGGACAAGAAGUUGGAUCUCAAAGAGGAGGAGGCUGUUAGUGACUGUCAGAAACCACAGAUCGGGGAGAUUCCGCAUGAACAGGAGGGUGAAGAUCUUGACGAUGAUACCCCUAAACGCAAGAAUAGAACUAAAGGAAAGGCCUGUGGAAUUGGAGGCAUGAAAAAAAGACAGGACCUGUCAACUUUAGAAGAUAGAGACAAACCCUACAUCUGUGACAUUUGUGGGAAACGUUAUAAGAACCGUCCUGGACUGAGUUACCAUUACACACACACCCACCUGGCUGAAGAGGAGGGAGAAGAGAAUGCUGAGCGAUAUCUCAUACCAUUCCAUAGGAAAAAUAACCAUAAACAUUUCUACAAAGAACUCAACUGGGUCCCUGAAAUGCAACCAAGACACACAGUUAAGAAAGCUCCUGAUGGGUCUGUCAUUGCCAAUGGUUAUUGCGAUUUCUGUCUAGGAGGUGCAAAGAAAACAGGCUGUCCAGAAGACCUCAUUUCCUGUGCAGACUGUGGGCGUUCUGGUCACCCCUCCUGUUUACAGUUCACAGUUAAUAUGACUGCUGCUGUCCGGACUUAUCGUUGGCAGUGUAUUGAGUGCAAAUCCUGUAUUCUCUGCGGAACAUCUGAGAAUGAUGAUCAGCUUCUGUUCUGUGAUGACUGUGACCGAGGAUAUCACAUGUACUGCUUGAGCCCCCCAAUGUCUGAGCCUCCAGAAGGAAGUUGGAGUUGUCAUUUGUGCCUGAGACAACUGAAGGAGAAAGCAUCAGCUUACAUAACCCUGACCUAGAGGGACGUAGAGCUAUGAGAACAAAGAACCUUUCAUUGCAUCUCCCAGCCUGGCCCUGUUCAGUACCAGAAUUCCCUGCUUCUGUCACAUCAAGACUGUUUUCCUCGCCCUUCUUCUAGCUAAUGUGGGUUCAGACUAGCUUUCAUAGCUCAGCAAUUUAAGUGUUGAAAUUAUAAGAGAUACAGACCUCUCUGAUUCCUUUUUAUUAUUGAUUCUGCCAACAUCUUUCCUCUGUAAAAGGUGCAUACACAUAGGUACAAGAAUAUCCUACAUAAUGUUGCCUGGCAGGCACCACAAUUGCCUCCCUCCAAAUCACAUGCAAAGUGGAAAAUAAAAGGAUCUUGCCUUUAGCUAAUAUUAAAAGGAAUAUAUUCCCCAAUUAUAAGUAGAGGUUAUCUUUAGUUUAUUUUGCUGUAAAUACAAAGUGUGGGGAGAGUGUAUGCUAUAGUGUGUGCAGUAUAUUAUUUCCCUGAAAGCUUGCUUCUGUACAUUAGUGGGAGCUUACUGUAUUGCUUACGCCUGUUCAGGUGAGGUAUUCACCAUAGACAACAAAAGCCAUCCUAGCUGGUACUGCUGCAAUUGUCUCUGGAGAAUCUACUUUAAUAAAAGGAUACAAUAUGGUUGCUCUCACAAGGUUCUUUGCACUCACAUAUAAUGGCUAUAGCCUGAAAGAUAACCCUACUUUUUUAAGUACAGACUGUUUCCUCUUUCAUUUAUAUAAAUAUAUUUUAUUGUACAGUCAGGCUGUUAUGUCACAUGUAUUUAUUAUUUUUUGCAUUGUUUUUUCCUAGCUAGAAUCUAGGUGCCCUAAGUUUCCACUCCCAUGUUUCCUCACUGCUUUAUUCAUUUUUAUUUCUUUCUUUUUUUUAUACAUUUUCUACCAUGAUUAUUACUGGCUAUUGAGUAGCAGCCACAGUCUUCCUAGAUUUUUACCCAGAAUUGUUUGCUGAUACUGGGUAAUUUGCUUUGGAACCAUGUCUUAGACGCAUGUGGAUAUGCUGACAUAAGUAUGGUCGUGUAUAAUGGCAUCGCAGAGAAUGAAUUUUGCACAUAUGGCUGUAUACACUUUUAACACAAACUCCCAAUACUGGCCACUAUAAACUACAAGGAUCAUUUUGGAGUUUUCUGUGGCUUUAGUGUAGCAGACCCAGGAUAGAUGGACCUGUUUUUCUGAUAUUUCUGCCUCCCUUUUUCUCACUUUUGGCAUUAUGCUUUCUUUCCUUCUGUUUGGUAACAGAUGGAAAUGUUAAAGUUUCAUUAUCAGAAAAAAAUAGCAGUUUUGCUUAAAGGGCCAUGAUAAACUAUGAUUUGCUCUUAUGUGUAUCAGAUAUAUUUCAUUGUUUGUAAAGCAGUGACUGUGCUAGCUAAAAUGCAUAAUGCUGGGCUGCAAAGAAUUAUAAAGAAGAUUUGAGUGAGUAGGCUGGAGUAUUAGGGUGCUGGAUGCACAGAUAUACAGACAGCAGCUUUUAGGCAAUUCUUUUCUACAAGUGAAGUAAUUUAAAUUAAGUGCAGCCAUAAUAACUUAAAAUAGUAGUUUGCAAGUUCUAUACUCUACACUGAAAGUGGGCUUUUUGGUAAUUACUGUUGACUAGUGGGAACUAAGGUCAAUGCAACACAAGGGAAUUUGUGUAAGGGGAAGGAUUGUGUUUGUAAAACAUACAGUAUUUUAAUUACAGGUAUGGGAUCCGUUAUCUGGAAACCCUUUAUCCAGAAAGCGCCAAGUUAUGGGAAGAUCAUCUCCCAUAGACCCUAAUUUAAUCAAAUAGUACACAUUUUUAAAAACUGAUUUCCUUUUUUUCUGUAAUAAUAAACCAGUACCUUGUACUAAUAAAUUAUACUUAUUGGAGGCAAAAUAAUCCUAAUGUUUAAAUGAUUUUUUAGUAGACAGAGAGAUCCAAAGUACAAGUACAAAGUUCCAAAUUACGGAAAGACCCCUUAUCUGGAAUUCCAUAAAAUACAUUCGACAGUUCUCAUACCUAUACUUUUUCUUAAAUGCCUUAUAGUACAAAUGAGACACAUUUCCUUUCUGUUUGAAUUUUUCUUUUAAGGUCUUUACACCACAGUUGAGGUUGUGUUUGCCCUCCCGGAGUGGUGUAACUGUCAGCAGACAAAACAAAACAGCGAAGCCAUGAAAAGGCCCUUUGUUCCCUUUCUUAUCAUAUAUUUAUUAAGAGUACCCAGUAUGGACCAGUUUAAACCACAGUGUGAAAAGUUUGUUACCAGAAUGAUGUUAUUGUUGGUUUUCUACAGUAAAGAGAUUGAAUGUAUCUGAUAACUGUAAUGUUGGGCCCUAAUAUUAGUAAAGAUAUCCGCUUUGGCCAAAACCAAGACCUAAAUAUAAUGUGCCCAGUGACCUGUAUUUGCUAGAUGUGUAGGUUGUCUUUGGUUUGAAUUAGUUGCUGUUGUGGUGAUAACAAGCUUCUGACUCUUUAGAUUUUCCACUUGUUUCAUCAUGUAGUCCUAAAGACUUUUGGUAGGGGUGAUUGUAGCCUUGCAUUAGCAAUACAUCUUCCCGCUUUUUUUCUUCUUCUUGGCUUUCCUCAUUCCUUGUUCCUUCUCAUAUCAUUUUCAUUCUUUUCCGUCCUUGCCGUCCAUGCUUUCCAUUAUUUGAGGCACAGUUGAGGAGCACUGAGAUCUGGGAUCAGUUGUAGGGGAGGUGAGGCUAUCAGUUCUAUCUGUGUCUCGCUAAAUUGUGUUUAUUCCCAUAUGUGUGUGUAUAUUGAUACUGUUAUCCCAAUGUAAUAUUAUAUUUGUUUGCUCUUUUUAUUAUUAGGCUACUUUAUAAGGGGAUAUGAUUUUUUUGGUAAAAUUAAGAAGGGUAUGAUGACUUUUUUUGCCUUUGAACAGACAAGCAAUAUUUUGGAAGAAUAUUUUGUAAUUCCCUUGGCUACUGUACCAACCUUCUUUAAAAGAUGCAAAAUACUUUCAAAACAUUUCCUUUCUUGCCCAUUCAAGGUCCUUACUUCUGUUUUUACAGCAGGCUCACAACAGAAGGAAUCUCCACUUCUUACCUACACUUUGUCUGACCUAGACACAUGGGGUGUUGUGACCAUAAUCAGGCUGAAUCCUGAGGGGGAUUUUUUUGUUGGGUUCCACAGAUUUCCAUGCAAACUUAAAAUAUCAUAUUUUACUUUAGCAAAUAUGUCCCAUUAUCCCUCUUUUUCUCCUCCCCCAAAAAAUUAUGGACAUUAAAUCUUCUUUCACUCCUGUGCUAACAUUUGUUCACCAGCAGGCAUGGAUAAAAUAUUGCACAAUGCUUUUGUAAUGUUAGCCCUGUACGGGGUAUAUUUGCUUAUCUGGUCUCCCUGCUCUACAGCAAAGUCACUUAAAAAGCUGUAGAGGAUUGUGAGGCCCAUGUCCAGUCAAGCAUAGGAUUUUCUGGGGGGUGUGGCGGAGGGUACAAGGUAUCAAUGAUUUGAUUGCACUGUGGGUGAUUGCACGAAAUUGGGCUUUGUAAGACAAGGUGUUGAAUGAAAGCUGUGAGUGUGUCUCAGCAAGUGUGCACUAUUGUGUAUAAAUAAAACACAAAGCACUUAACAUAUGAAAAACUUGAUUAAGGCUUUGUUAUUGGACAUAGUUUUGUCCAGAUUACAUUAGGGAUUGAGUCUUUUAUUAAGAUGACAAUGCCUUUGUUUUGUAUUAAUAAAGCCAUUUAAUCCUAGGUUUAUAGGAGACAUGACAAUAACAAUUUUUUUGCACUUGUGGAUGGUGAUAAUCAAUGUUCUAAGGCCAAAAGCAGAAUGUGGCUAGGACUGAUAAAACUUGCAGCUUGCUCCUCUCGGUUGCAUGUUUCUAGCCAAAGUCUGAAACGAACAUGGCAUGUUCAUUUGGUUCAUUCAUUGUCUAUUAACAGUGACAAAAUGGAGUGAUCAUUACUCCGACCUUCCAAAAGAAGACAUUAUUUGAAUUUAGCCAAGCAUGUCUGGUUACUUCUGGUUUUGGCUGGCAUUGCUUGGCUAAUACUAGUAAUUACUUUCAGGUAUUAAUUGGAUAAAUGAACAUGCAGAUUAUUUAUGCAGUGGCAGAUUUUAUGGAGAUUCUGAUGAAAAGAUCUAGGCAGCCAUUUUGAAAGAAACAUUGUCUCUUAUGUAAUAUCUUCUGUAAAGGAAGGAAGACAUUGCAUCCAGAUACAGAGGGAGGAUUUUGUAAUGGUGAUUGGUGUCCCUAUGCUAUUUUGAAGGGAAAGUGCCUUUAAAGCAUCUGAAAUUGUCAGCUGGUUACUCCAAGCGUCUUGGUUUCAAAUGGCACUUAGGUGAUUAGAAGAAAAGGAAUACAUAUACGCUUAAAAUAUAUUUGUGAGAACUUUCAAGGACCAAAGUGUGCCAACACACGUUACAUUUUGAUGGAUCAGCCCUUCCCAUAGCCAAAAUACUACUAUGAGUACAUUCCUCCAUUGGCCAAAGUUUACUAAUUAUUGUGACAUAUUACUAUGUAAGUAUUUUACUAGACCAAAGUGUACUAAUGGUAGUCACAUAUCUGUGGGUCAGGGCUUCCUCUAAGCAGAUUAUCAACACUGACGGGGUCAGCCCUGCCAAAGGAAAAUCUGCACUCAUGAUGUGAAUAUAUUAACGUGUCCAUCUGUUGUAAAACCAAAGUUAUUAAUGCCAAGCAAAGUGCAUUUAGCUUUUUUUCAGCUAAAUUAAGUAUGCUAUUCUGUAUAUAAAAGCCCCCAUAUAUUUCAAAGGAGUCUCUCGUUUCUGUAAAGUAACACAUGUAAUAUUUGUAUUAAAUUCAGAAAUGAAUACAGAGCAGUGCAAAUAUACAGCUGAAAACUGGUUACUGAGCAGUGCACAAUAACAAAGACUGCUGCAGAAAUUACCUGAGAAUGCCUACUAAUUCCCUAAUGCUGAUGUUUGCAAUUCACAGUCCCAAUGAGUGUAUUGCAUUGUACAAAUAAGCAAUCAUUCCAGCCAUUUUAUAUGUGAUUUACUACAAGAGGCUCUUUAUAAGCUAAAAAAGGCACCAGUGCCUUGCCAUAUUUGCUGAGAUGAACAAGCAUAUACUAAAGCAAGCACAAAUAACUACCUUAAGGCCAGAGCAGCAACCAUUUUCAUUUUCAGAAUGAGACUUAAUGUUAAUACAGUACUACAAACAAUGUCUCUGACAGCAUUUGUUCUUCUCUAAUCCCCUGUAAUUACUAAUGACACAUUUUGCAAGUUAGACUAGAAGCAAUACAGCUUUCCUUGUUUUCUGAGAGGUUAAAUAUAGCCAAAUGUUUUUUUUUUUUUAAACAACUGAGGAUUUGCAAAUAAUGGGCACAACUUUGCAACAAUUUAACAUCCCAUAACAACCAUUUAAACAUUUCUGUUUAUGAAUUUAACACCACAAGAGCAAAUAAAACUAGUGUUUAAAACCCAAAAGCACAUUGUAUUCCAAUUAUAAGCCAGUUAUUAUAUACUACUAUGCCAUGUUUUGGGGCCAGAAUCUAAUACAAUGCAUUCAUGUAACAUAAAUUCCCACAAUGCCCUUGGCCAAGCUUCAGAGUAGAUGAAAAAAUGUCUAGAAUGGUCACAUCUGGCUCAGGGCCUCAAGUUGGACAGCCUUCUCCCAAGUUUCCUUAUCCAGGACUGUGACUUUUCAUAUGAAGCACUCAUACACAGCCCCACAUUAAGCAUGUGGCUUACUAUAAAAUUCUGUUUCUACAUGUGCAGGAAAAAGAACAAAUAUGCUUUUUCAAUCCAUGUUCUUCAGUCUUCACCUGUGUAAAAAGUUAUUUAAUAGCAAGAAAUCCAUUGAUCUUGAAUUUUAGGGACUAAAAUUUUAAAUAUGCCUUUAUUAUGGUUUAAUUUUACAGAUGUCGCCCCUAGUCAGGUAGCUAAGUCUGUUCUCCUAUACACCUAUAGCUUGUAAUGUGAUAGUAUUGCAACAUUUGGUAAAUGUAUUUCCUACUUUUAUAGAUAUUUAGGAUUGCAAAAAAGUGCCAAAUAAGGACACGUUCUCUAACCAAUGCUAGCCUGGGACUACUUAUGACUCUUCCAAUUGCAGUCAAUCCCUGGCUUACUGAAAACUGAAGGGAUUCAAAUAUCCUUUGAAGGAAAUAACAAGACUAUAUACAAUGUUGAACAAUCUUUGUCCAAAUUUUGAAAACAAAAAACAUUUUGUGAGUAUAAUAAAUACAUUUACCUAUUUAGCCAUACCACCACUUAUGUCUGCCUGGGCAGUGUCCAUUUAUGGUUACUGUUUCUAAUCACUGAUAAAUAUACUGAGAAUGCCUAGAACAAUGGUGUUGAUUUAAAAUUAUUUAGAAAAAAUUUGCACAUGGGCAGUAACCAAUAGCAUAAGUUAUCCCACAGUAGAUCCAGCUCCAGACUGACAAUCUGUGGCCCCAUUGCCAGAGGGGGUGCUGUAAGAUGCCAUAGACACAGUCACUAUUUAUUGCGGUAGUGGGUGACUGUUUGGGCUUCUGUGUAUUUAAAAAUGCCAGUCAGGACUGAUAAAAUCUAACUGCUGGCUGGUCGCCUAGAUUCAUUGUUGAGGUCCUACUUGGGUAACGGAGGUUUCCUGUGUGAAACGCUCACAACAUGAGUGAAUAAGGUUGCCCAGUUUGAUCCCACCUGGUGUUAUUUAAACGUGUGAGGAGCAAAGCCUCAUACAAGAGAAUGUUUAAGCUGCAAAUGGGAUGUGCCAGCAACUCAGCCUUGAAGCAUGACAGUGUUAGGCUGUUGCUUAGUAGUAGUGCAGAUGGGGUGUUGGUGUUUCCCCAACAAAAGUAACUAUGGCUGGAGAACUGCACCCUGUUCAUGAGCUGCACAUGAGCUUAUCUGAUGGUGUCAGCUUAUUAUGCAGUUCUGUUAUAAUUCACUUAUGUCUGAUAAACAUUGUAUAUGUUGACUUGCCUUGAUAAUACACACCCUAUCUCUGUUAUAUAAAACAUGCUAAAAUACACUGGCACUAGUAAGGAAUACUUGGGCACAGAACCCUGCCUACAACAUAGACAAUAUUCUUCCUUUCCCUUGUACAGUUAUGUGUCACCUGAUCAUUUUGCUCCAAUCUUUGCCACCAGGAUUUUGCAUUUAACUCUUUAUUACACAUAGGCAUUUGUAACUGCUUGCUAGAUGUGUUACUGUACAUAGUCAUGCCUUCCUUAUGAGUGCACUUUUUUUUUUAGUUCCAAGGUGUUGGAUUGGGCCAUGUAUUCUUUUUAGGGAGCAGCAGUUUUCUAUUUGGUGUAGUUUCUAUUGCUGAUAAUGUUGUAUUUUUGUAUUAAUAGGUUCUUUUUAAUUUCUCUACUAUUUAAUUAUGUACAUUAUGGACCUUUUUCCCAAUAAGCACAAUCUCUUAUUUGUGAAAGUAUUAUUUAUUUCAUUUCCCUUGUCUCAGCUAUGUAUAUGUUAACAUUAUAAUUCUGAUCACAAUUGUAAAAGAAUGUGUAUAUUUCUCAUAACGCAGAUCUUCUUCAGCGGUUACACACAGGAGUAAGUCAGAGCAUGUAGCUCUACUCCUGAGAUUCAAUACUUUAGAUAGCAGACAUGGGCAUUAAAAAGAGUUCUUCCAUGUGGGAACACUGACUAUGUAUGUAUAGCCACAGUGUUUUUGUAAACUUGAUAUAAGGUUUAAGCAGCAUCACUAGAACCAUUGAACAAUUGAGUCCAGCUUUGGUCCAGCAUUAGAAAGUUACACUAUAGCUGUCUGGUUUCCUGAACUGACCUUGUAUUGUUUAAGUUUGCUGGUUGCCACCACUAGUCUGGAAAAAGAAAUAGAGAAACAACAAACUGCUUAGCUGGAGACUUUCUACAUACAUUAAAACUUGAAGUCAGUCAUCUUGCACCUAAUUUAGGAGUUCUGUCUGACUGCCAAAGGAUCAGAACUGUGCUAUCUAGUUCAAUGUCUAACACAUCAUUUCAUACCAAAAUGGCCAUAGAUCCAUUAGGGUCACAUUGCCAUCCUCUAACUUAUUUUAAGAUACAGAAGUAGCUCAGGAUACAUCUGGCCUUUUUGGCAUCUAAACAUGAAUUGGUAUUUCUUUCUGUUUAUUUGCUUAAGACAUAAAGAUUUCAAACCCUGACACUUCUUAUUGCGUUACAUACUGCUUCCAUCUCUUCUGCAAAUACUUACGUGGUGACCAAGUUUUAUGUUAGCUGCCUUCUUGUGUUAGUUUACUACCAAUGUGAAUCUAUAGCAGGGUAAAAUGAGCACUUAAUAAAAAAUACUCUAGCUGGAAUGUAGAAAUGGCCAUUUUCAAACAACUCCUCCCAAUUUCAAAAUGGCUGCCAAGAUUACCAGAUAGAUUUUCUCCUUUGCAUCAGAAAAAGUGUUUAAGUCUUUGCCAAAAUCUGUAAAACUCUGCACCAUGAAAGCAAUCCAGAACCUGAGAGUAUUUUAUAUAUAUAAAUCUAUAUAAAUAUAUACUAUGAGGAGGGGUGGGAAAGAGUACCAGGCAUUUUGCUGAGCCUGUCUCCUUCUUUAGCAAAUUUAUUACCAGUGUUUGUGUUCCUGUAUAACAAGAGACUGACAAAAAAUUUGCACAGAUUUAUGUGUUCAUUCAAAGGUGCUGCAAACCUGAUGUAAAAAAUAAACUUUAAAAAAGUGGUACAAAAAUCAGCAGUAAAAUUAAAAAAAAAAACCGUUUGUGGCAGUAUUUGAACUGCCAGCAUUUGAUAUUUUGCAAUGUUAGGCUGUGUGUCAUGUGGUUGUAUUUUUUCAGUUGCUUGCAUUAGUGAGAUGAAUUGUUACUGUGUGUUAAUAAACUAUUGCGCUCAAUUCUG